AUGCAUGCCAUGCUGCACGUGGCGCCGCCGCCGCCCCCGGAGGAGGCGGCACUUAGCGGGGACCCGCGGGGCUCCUUCUGCCUUAUGGUCUCACCGCCCGGCCCCGAGUGCAGCUACCCCUUCAGCCGCAGCGUGGUCUUCAUGUUUGACCGCUCGGGCUCCAUGGUCGGGGACCCGCUGCGUCACGCCAAGGGCGCGCUGACCGCCGGCCUGCGGCUGCUGGGCCCCGGGGACGAGUUCACGGUCGUCGCCUUUGACCACGAGGAGCUCUGGUGGACAGACGGCCUCUGCCAGGCGACUCCGGACAACAUAGCUGCGUGCCAGCAGUGGGUCAACGACCAGGCCCCCAGGGCUAACAGCUACAGCCUGCCCUUCAUCUUCCUCAUCACGGACGGCUGCGUCAAUGAUGAGAGGGACAUCUGCAGCUUCGUGGACGCGGCCGCGAACGGCGAGGGCGGGCCAGACCUCGGGCCGCCCCUCACGACCGCCACCACUGGCUCGGUUUACCACGAUGCACAGAGCAACUACAGCAGCGCGCACAGCAGCGCGGGCGGGCCGCCCUCGUCCUACUACAGCGCGGCCAGCGGCCCUCUGCCGCCGCCGAGCAGCGCCUACUCCGGCCCUGGCGGCCCCCCUCCCCCCGGCUACGCGCCGCCGCAGCCGCCGCCGCCGCCGCCGCCCACCCACAGCGCCGCGCCCGGCGGGCCCAAGCCGCUGGCGCCGCGGAUGUUCACAUUCGGCAUCGGGCCGUACUGCAACCACUACUUUUUGAAGCAGCUGGCGACCAUCGGGCGGGGAAUGUGCGGGGUCGCCCUCCAGCCGAACGCGAUCAAGCCCAUGAUCGAGCGCAUGCUGGUGUCUGCUGCGCUUCCGCUGCUGAGCGAUGUGGAGCUGCUGCUGCAGGGCGUCGAGAGCGUGGAGCUGUUCCCGCCGGUGCUGCCGGACCUGUUCUGCGGGCAGCCGCUGCUGGUCGUCGGAAAGUACACGGGGCAGUGGCCGAGCGUCAGCCAGCUACACGGGCUCUUGCCCACUGGGGAGGAGUACACCCAGGCGCUGCCAGCCCUGCCCGUGGGCACCCUGCCCAUUGAUAAGCUCUUCUCCAAGGGCCGCCUCGACCUGCUGACCAGCCAGGCCUGGAUGCAGGGCAACCCAGAUCACCUCGUGAAGCAGAUUAUCGACCUGUCCGUAGCCUGCGCUGAGGAGUCGAGGUGA